AUGCCCUCUCUUGAGGUUAACGGGCCCGAGUUACAAGCCCUUGAUGCUAUUAGAAGUUUUGUUGUGCCACUCAUUGACAGCAGCAUUGCUGAAGGUAUCAAAAAGACCAAAAACCUCGUCGUUCAAAAUUCGCUGGGCCUCUUGCGCUUCGAGUUACACUCACUUACUUUUUAUAUCACCAAAGGACAUGAGCUCAAGGAUCAGGAGUAUGAGGCUUUUCUGCAAGACCUCCAGCCAGUCCUCCAGUUACUAGAGGAUUUUAUUCACCCGCAAGCUGCUUGGCCAAGCAAGGGUGAAAUCCCAGACCCAACAAGUCUGAAUGAACGGCGACGAUAUCCCAAGUUGCAUGCCAUCAUUCAGAAGGCUUCACAAAGCAAGAAUAAGCUCGACUUGAAAGCAGCGAUAAAUCUUCCUGAUUCUGGAGAUGCGGCCAGAGCAGCAUGCGAUAUAGUGACCAAGUUCAACGCCAAUAACUACAGACGAGACAAUGGCGACCGCAGCGAGUUCGCCCAUACCCAGACGGACGAGAAGUCGACAGUUUUUCAUGCCGACCAUCCUUGUAUACAACAUUCUCGGCUAUGCUCAUCCAUGUUCAAAGCCUGGGCUCAUCACUUUGGUUCUUCUGGUUGUCACUAUCAUCAUGUCGGAAUGCUUCAAGCUUGUGCAGUUGAACUCGACGGCCCGGAACUCCAAGAGGUUGUUCAACACAAGAUGUUCAUCUCAACGUGUGAGCCCAAAGACAAGUGGCAAGAGGUGACUUGCACGAUAGUCGGCAAUCUACCAGAGCAUGCAUCGAGUCUUUGCGAAAUCGAGGAUAUAUGCCAAACUAUUGGAAACAGCUUGUCAGAUGAGGAGACUUUGAGUCUUUGGAUAUGUUCUGAGAGGAUCUGGCAUGAUACAGAAGCUGAUCCAGACAUUAUCGACAAUCUUCAUAUUUUGCCAACCUUGUCACUGCAAAAUAUUCUCCAGAAGGAUCCGCACAGGCUCGGGCCAAACGACAGAGCAACUCUGGCAUACAACCUGGCGUGUACGCUUCUCCAAAUAUACAGUGCCGACAUGCAACAGCAGGAAUGGGGGCCUGGAGACAUAUACUUCCUCCACAAUCCAACAGAGGGUACGAUCCACGAGCCCGACUACCCAUUCGUUGCAUCUACCUUUUUGUCAAAUCGAACACCAAGCGAGAUCAAGAAUAGGUUCCCAGUGCUCAUUCACUUUGCCAAGCUACUCCUGGAGAUCGGGCUGGGCCAGCUCUUCCUGCCCAGACGUUCCCGGUUGGAAUUCCAGCUGAUGAAAUGGGCACAGAGUGCUGAGGCCAACCAGUCUCUGAUAGGGAGUUAUCUCGACGCCGUCAUGGAGUGUCUUCAAGCUAAAAAGCCAAGACAUAUGGAUGAUCCUAUCGAUGAGGAAACACAGUGCCGAAAAGUCAUUUUCAACCUUGUCUCCCACCUAAAAAAGGCCUGCCACAGCUACCGUGCUCUGGAUCGUAAGCGGACACAGAAGGUGUCGAUGUUGGACUCAACAUCAACGGAACCGGCAGUUCAACACGUGUCACCUCAACAGAAUCCACUCUCCCAUCAAGAUCUUUCGGAGCUAUUGCCCAAGAAGAGAAUGUUUGAUGAGCAGAAGCUCCAUCUCUGCGACGCUGAUCGGAGCGAGAUCAAAAGUUCAAUUGAGUUUUUGAGCUCCGCCGAAAGAUUCUAUGAUUCUUCCACGAGUGGCUUGACUUUUACUCCCGACAUACGAAUCGCGAUCCUUGACACCGGAAUACAAACGGGUAACGCUUUUAUCAAGGGCGCAAAACAUAAUCGUAGCGGCAAAGACUCUCCGAUCAAAGCAUCGAAAUCAUUCGUUUCCGAGCAUCCAGACGACGAGUGCGGUCAUGGCACGAAUGUGGCAUCUCUGAUACUCAGGGUAUUUCCGGAGGCCAACCUCUACGUUGCCAAGAUUGCUCGUAAUCUAGAGCAGGAUGGCGUCGACCAGAUGGUCGAGGCCAUCGAAUGGGCGAGAAGCUUCAAUGUCCACAUCAUCAACAUGUCCUUCAGCAUCCCCAAAACUUCUGCCGUCAAACGGAUCAUCAGGGAAGCUGAGAAAGACGGCGUGAUAGUGUGUGUGGCUGCAUCAAACAACGGUGCAAAUACUGGGCGAUCCUUUCCAGCGACCCUCGACACCGUCUUGUGUAUUCAUGCAAACGACGGUAAGGGCAACAAAGGCAGCAUGAGCCCCGAGCCAGAACCUAAUCGAGACAACCUCAGUACCCUGGGAGUGGCGGUCCCAUCCGUCUGGGAGAAUGGCGUUUAUCUCUCAGGUACGUCAUAUGCCACCCCCGUAGCCGCCGCCAUAGCCGCCGUGAUCCUCUGCUUUGUAGAAGCAGCCGUUGCGGCCAACCAAAUGCCACGCGAGAGCAGGGAAGAAACUUUUGAUCGUGAAGGAAUGAAAAGAAUUUUGAUGAGUAUGACUGUCUUGAGGGAUGGAUACAACUGCAUCGUUCCCUGGCGAAGGUUUCUGCCACCAGGUGCUGAACAGGGUGUGCUCAUUGAGAGUAUUCGAAACGCGUUGAAUUGA